AUGUCUCAGACCCCAGAUAUUAAGAUCCUGAAACGCUGCGUUGAGCUCGCUAGAGAAGCUCUCGAGGCUGGCGAUGAUCCCUUCGGCUCCGUCCUUGUUAGCGGAGACGGCACCGUUAUUCGCGAAGACCGCAACCGCACCAAGACGGGCGACAACGGAAAUGGCCAGCCCGAUGCUACCCUGCAUCCGGAAUUCACCUUGGCUCGCUGGGCGCAACUGAAUCUCAGCAAUGAAGAGCGUGCCAAGGCAUCAGUGUACACCUCUGGCGAGCAUUGCGCCAUGUGCGCUGCCGCGCAUGCUUGGGUUGGUCUUGGACCCAUCGUCUACGUAUCUUCAACGGAACAGUAUGGUUCUUGGCUGAAAGAGUUUGGGCUUGAACCAGGUACGAAGGUGGCGCCGCUUCCUAUCAGCCAGGUUGCGCCCAACAUUCCGAUCCAAGGCCCGAUUCCUGGGCUUGCAGAGGAGGUUAAGGAGUUGCACAAAAAGAAGCACGAGAAGAGUUCUUGA